UGCUGCUUUGCAAGCAAGGCUCCGGGCAGGCAAACCUCCUGCUGGCCAUUUUAAAGCCGGUAUCUCCUGAUGCCAAUGCUCAUUACCUAUCUGCCACAUGUAAAACGCCCACAAGCCUCAGGCUCUGCUGCAAAAUGCUCCUAGCGAGAGGCAGGGGCUGGAGCUGCCCCGCAUUCCCGGCUCGGCAAGCAGGCGGCAGGGGCGGCCGCUGCUGACUCGGCUACUCCAGCGGCCCGUUUCCAUGGGGGCCCCGAGAGCAGCGCGCCCGGCCGCGGGGACCCGCGCGUGGUGCCGCCCGGCGCGGCCCGGAGUGAUGCUGUUGGCGGGAGCCAUGUGAUUGAUGCUGGGUAGCGCGGCCCGCGCCAGCCCGGCGAGCGCGCGUCCUGCUCGCAGCCCGUCAUGGCGACUCCCAACAACGUUACUCCCACCAACUGCAGCUGGUGGCCCAUCUCCGCGCUCGAGAGCGAUGCGGGCAGAGCCAAGGAGGGGGAGGAAAACCAGGACCCGGCAGACCCCGCGCCCGGAGCCCAGGACAGGCUGGUUUUGUAUCACUGGACCCAGUCCUUCAGCUCGCAGAAGGUCCGGCUGGUGAUCGCAGAGAAGGGGCUGCCCUGCGAGGAGCGGGACGUCAGCAUGCCCCUGAUGGAGCACAAGGAGCCCUGGUUCAUGCGGCUCAACCUCGGCGAGGAGGUGCCCGUGAUCAUCCACAGGGACAACAUCAUCAGCGACUACAACCAGAUCAUCGACUACAUGGAGAAGAACUUCACGGGAGAAAACGUCACCCAGCUGAUCCCCGAGCCGGGCAGCCUGCUGCACUCGCGGGUGCUGCAGUACCGGGAGCUCUUGGACUCGCUGCCCAUGGACGCCUACACGCACGGCUGCAUCCUGCACCCCGAGCUCACCACCGACUCCAUGAUCCCAAAGUACGCGACCGCUGAGAUCCGCAGACACCUGGCCAGCGCCAGCACCGAGCUGAUGAAGCUGGAGCCCGAGGAGGAGCCCCAGCUGACGGAGCCGUACCUCUCCAAGCAGAAGAAGCUCAUGGCCAAGAUCCUGGAGCACGACAACGUGAGCUACCUGAAGAAGAUCCUCGGCGACCUGGGAAUGGUGCUGGACCAGAUCGAGGCCGAGCUGGAGAAGAGGAAACUCGAGUACCAGGGGCAGAAGUGUGAACUUUGGCUCUGCGGAUGUGUCUUUACCUUGGCCGAUGUCUUGUUAGGAGCUACCCUGCAUCGCCUCAAAUUUCUAGGACUCUCUAAGAAAUACUGGGAAGAUGGCAGCAGACCUAACCUACAGUCCUUCUUUGACAGGAUACAAAAACGCUUUGCCUUCAGGAAAGUUUUGGGAGAUAUACAUACCACGCUCCUCUCGGCAGUGGUACCCAAUGCCUUCAGGCUGGUCAAGCGGAAACCUCCCUCCUUCUUUGGAGCCUCCUUCCUUAUGGGAUCUCUGGGGGGAAUGGGAUAUUUUGCUUAUUGGUAUUUAAAGAAAAAAUACAUCUAAUGCUGGCUGCUUGGUGUUUAGUUUGGUGUCUCUGUGCUGUGUGAAAUUAUGAUGAAGCCUCAGUAACUGUAAUGAAAUUUGAAGCAAGGUAUGAAUAAUUAUAUUGUUUAAUGUAACAUUCCAUAGUCUAGAAGUAGAAACGUAUACUGCAAGGAAAUAAGACAACAAAAAACGUGUCGACUUGUAAAUGCCUUUUUUAGGUUUAAGUAUUCAACUCUAGAGAGGCGUGUGUAGUGCUCGGGGGCCGCGGGGCUCACCCAUGCCCACCGGGAAGCAAGACAGCCUCCAGAGCAGGCCAGCUCCAGUGGGAGAGACGGGAACCCCGGGAAGUCUCCUCGCGCCCAUGUUAAGCAAUGGGACUGGGAUACUCGGGCCUCUACGUUUAUGUUUUCAAAUCGCUCACUGGCCACCUUUCACACAUACGAGCAGUGAGGACUCCUUCUUCUAAAAGCCGCUCUGUUGCUGUGCUCAGAGGCCUCUCCUGGGAGCAGGGAAGACACAGCCGGUUGGGACGGGGUGCAGUAGCUGGUCGCAGUCAAGGUGGAUUAAUGUUCUUUAAUUAUCCAUUUUUCUAUUAUUUUCACUAAAGAAAUAUUUUUUAUUGAGCUGUUCUUAGAAUGUAUCCACUUUCUACAUCUGGUUUUGGUGUGGUUUGGGGCUUUUUUUUUUUUUUUUUUUUAAGAUUUAAUGUCUGUCUUUAACUAAAUGCCGCACUUUUUUCCUGAGAUAAAUAAUUCUGACUUCCAUCCUGAAUUUUGUCACAUGAAGGGGAUUAUCAGUAUUAUUUGUUUUAGCCUGGUGGCUCUUUGCCUUGAAUUUCCUUUCAUGGAUUUGCAAAGCAUCUUUCACCGACUGAGCAUACUGGGACUCUGAAAAAGUACAACCAUUUUCAGAACUUUUCAGCACUUUCCUGAAGACACUUUGGCUUUCUCUUCUGUUGGGGGCUCUUUUCUGUCAUUUCCUCGCUGUGUAUUUUCUUAGAGACACUUUGCACAGAAUCACAUUUAUCACUUUCUUGUGCCUUUUGCAUGUUGGAAAGAAUAAAGGGCCUCACUGCUACUCACGCUUUGAAAACUGAGAUCCUCAAUAAACCAUAUGGGAGGAGUAACCGCUUCACAUUUCUAAA